AUGUUCGCCGCGCUCGGAGCCUUAGGCAAGACUCCAGCUCAAUUACGGUUCCCUGGGUCGAUCCCCUACCCAGACAAACCCGCAGGGCAAGACAGCAUCCCCGGCAUCGAGCACAUUGUUUGGCUCAUGAUGGAGAACCACUCGUGGGACAACGUCUACGGCCUGCUGAACCGGACUGGCCAGGAUGGAUAUCCUCUCGAUCCCUCCACGGGCGAGCCCAUCACGCUGGUGCCUCAGAAGUACAACAACGGGUCGGUCCAGCUGCUUUAUGAAAUGCCCAACUCGUGCGGCGGCGUCAACAACACUCCGUCUCAGAACUGGCAGUCGUCACACCAGCAGUUCAACAAUGGAAGCAUGGAUGGAUUCGCCAUCGGAGGAGAACAAGACAAGCCACAAUCUCUCGGCUACUUUACUCCCAGACAUCUGCCCACUAUGCAUAGCCUCGGCGAGCAAUUCGCUUUGAACGAUCGGUUCUUUUGUUCCCUUCUCGGGCAGACCUGGCCGAAUCGCAUGUAUGCCCUCGGCGCUUCGUCACGUGGGGUUAUUGCAACUGGACAAUCUGACCAGGUUGCUGCUGCGACUUGGCCGACCGGUAUCAUAUUCGACACCCUCGAUGCCCAUAACGUCUCCUGGAUCAGCUACAACAACGGAACUUCAACUCUCGAUCUCUUCCCAAACAUCACCAGUGGCUACCCAACAAGCAAAUUCCGCGACUUUCCCUACACCUUCAUGUCAGACGUCGCACAAGGGAACCUGCCAGCCUUCAGCUUCCUCGACUACAAUGGUUCCAGCCAAUCAAUGGAGUGCCCCGAGAACGUUGCCCUCGGCGACCAACUCGUAUACGAUGUCGUUGAAUCCCUCAUGACCGGUCCUAAAUGGAACAAGACCCUCUUGAUCAUCAACUUCGAUGAACAUGGAGGGUUCUAUGAUCACGUUCCCCCCGUUCCAGCCAUCGCGCCCGAUGACGUCUUGCCUGUAAUCCCGGCGGCAUCUCUCGCCAAGGGAUACUACCAAUACAGCCAAUAUCGCAAGACCGGCUUCCGUGUCCCCCUGAUCAUGGUAUCUCCCUACGCGAAGAAAGAUUACAUAAGCCACGUCGUGCACGAACAGACGUCGGUGCUGUCUCUGCUGGAACACAAGUACAACCUGCCUGCGCUGUCAUGCCGCGAUGCCAAUGCGAACAAUUUCUACGACAUGAUCGACUUUGAUGCGCUGGAGAGCCAGAAGCCGAACUUCCCAGAUAUGGAGUCGGUGGGUUUGACGCCGCCAAUAUAUGAUCCGGCCUUGUUGGCGUGCACGACCGCCAAUCCGGGCGUGCUUCCUGCACCAGGCAGUGUGAUUUACAUGGCGAAUGGGACUGGGCCGGACUUUAGCCCGAAGUGCGAGGUUGUGUAG